AUUAUAGUAGGCAAGCAUGGAUCGAUGGGACAUGGUGGACAGCAUCAGCGACUGUGGGGUGGUGACGAACAAGCUGCGCAUCGAGGUUGACUCCUCGUCGUCAGACGACAGCGACAGGGAGGAACACGACGCGCAGGAGGUGGGCGCGGUGAGGGAGGCUCCCCCGCACCUGGCGGCGUGCAACCAGUUCGACCACCCGCCACCCGCCGGCGCCGGCGCCGGCUUUGGCAACAACAGGAGGCGGCUUCUGUCGAAGCAGCUGUCCAUGAAGGAGACCACCAGGGAGGCCAAGUGGAAGAAGCGCCAGCGGCAGAUACUGCGGCGCAGCGGCUUGGUAUCGGUCGUGAGGGAGCAGCAGGAGCGGAACGACGACGGCGGAGGAGGAGGCAACAAGAGCGCCAUCCUCGACGAAGGCCAUCACGUCGUGAGGUCCUCGUCGGAGCGCGCGAUGAGGUGCCUGACCGACGAGGACCUGGACGAGCUGCGGGGCUCCUUCGAGCUCGGGUUCGGGUUCGACGAGGAGACCGGCGCCGCGCACCUCCGCGAUACGCUCCCCGCCCUCGACUUCUACUUCGCCGUGAACCGGCAGCUGUCUGACCCCAAGAUGCGCUCGCUGUCGGCGGCGAGCCCCACGUCGACGCUGUCGUCGUCCACGCUCCCCGACACCCCGAGCCCGCGCAGCCCCAACGACGCCCCCGGCGGCGACCCAUGGAAACUCUUCAGUCCAGGUGACAACCCCCAGCUUGUGAAGACGAGGCUGAGGCACUGGGCGCAGGUGGUGGCCUGCAACAUCAAGCACGGCUGCUGAGACUGAGAGAGACAAUCGCUGGCUUUUCAACAUCGGAUUGGUAAUCCUGAUCAGCCAACGGAUGAUGCCCUUUGCCCUGUCGUCGUUGCAUGCUGUUGUAUAGGUGCGCAGCCAAAAUUAAAACGAACCCCAACCAAAUGUGAUGUAAACGCGGUUGCCAUGUCGUUGUCUAUCAUUCCUGGUG